CACCGCGGGUUGACGUUUCGAUUCAAAACAUUGCUCAACAGCGAAGUUUUGUUUAGCAGUUUGGCUUCAGUUUGUGUUAUUUUGGGUGAAAUCAGGCAAUUUUCGUGUAAUUUGAAGACGAAAUGGACGAUCAAGGAUGUCCCCGUUGCAAAACCACAAAGUACCGAAAUCCGUCGCUCAAGCUGAUGGUCAACGUUUGCGGUCACACGCUCUGCGAAAGUUGCGUCGAGUUGCUCUUCUUGAAGGGUUCCGGUUCGUGUCCCGAGUGUAAUGUUGCGUUGCGUCGGAGUAAUUUCCGAGUUCAGUUGUUUGAGGAUUCCAACGUCGACAAGGAGGUUCAGAUUCGGAAGAGGAUUCUCAAGGAUUUCAACAAGAAAGAGGACGAUUUUAACUCGCUGGCCGAAUACAACGAUUAUCUGGAGAUGAUUGAGGAGAUUGUGUUUAAUUUGUGCAACAACAUCGACAUCAUAAACACAAACAAGCGAAUCGAGCAGUACAAGAAGGAGAAUCGCGACGUAAUUCUCAAAAACAAGACCAAACUGAGCAAGGAUGAGAUCGAGCUGGAGGAGCUGAUUGAGGUAGAGAAGGAGCAAACGGACCAACGGAAGAAGGAACUGGCCAUGAUGGAGGCGGAGAAUCGCAAGCAGAAGGCGAAGAACAAGGAAGAUUUGAUUGAUUCGCUGAUGGCCAGUUACGAAGAUGCCAGCGCCAUCGUGGACAAAUUUGCCCAGCGCGCCGAAAAGCAGCACAUUCCCCUGCCCAAACCGAUGGCCCCGCCGCCACCGAAGACAACCCACUUUUCGACCGGAAUCAAGUUCCAGUCCCAGCACGGGUUCCUGCCGGUGCCGAGAAUCGAGGAAGGACCCACGUACGUGUACGAGGCGCAAGUCUUCCCCAAGGAGGGUCCGAUGCCACCGGCGCUGGCGGACAUUGGUAGCAACGGGUACAUCAAGCACAUCCGGGCGGAAACGUUGGGCGAGCGAGCCGGCGGAUUCCAGACGAACAUUUCCUGUUUGCGGGCUAUUCAGGAAGCGCUCGUUGGGUUGUAUCACGGUUGUUGAAGUUAAUUUAAAAAUGUAUUAUUUAAUUUUUACAGUUUACUGAAUUCAUGAGGAAUAAAUUUAUUGCAAAAUAA